AAGUUGAGAAAAUAUUUUAAAUUAGUGUAAUAAAAUGUGUAAGUUGGUAAUGAGUAAUGAGUUAAGUUACUUGAUGCGCUGGCCCGAACAACCCGAAACCCGACCCGCCCGCAACCCGCCCGACCCAAAACCCGGUGAACCCGCAACCCGAUUGAAUCCGAACCCGAUGAACCCGCAACCCGUUUGAACCCGAACCCGCCUGAACCCCGCCUGAACCCGCCCGAUUGACACCUAUAGUGUGCACAGCAAGCCUGGGACGAGGUCAAUUGGGAGUUGGGCUGCGGUCCGUGAGCUUGACGUUGCUGGCCCAAUUCCAAUAAACUACCCGACCCCGAUCCGCUCCGUUGCCAACACUAGAUGUGAGGUGGGCAACAAGUAGAGCGAUACAGUGCACUCGUCAUGUAGCAUUAAUAGUGGGCCGUCCUUGAAAACAUUGAUAACAGUUGGAUCCAUGGCAGUUGAAAAAUAGUAAUGUCGAAAACGAAAAGGGAUAUUUAUGGAGAGAAGGAGGUGUGUAUGUAUGUGGGGCAAGAUGGCGCCAUCAAUUCAUGAAUGAGGCGGGGAGGACCAUCCAUCAUCCCACUCCCAUUCUCACUCUCAUAUUAUGAGACAAAACUUGCAAGCGCGAAGCAGCAGCAGCAGCAAGACGCAAAGUUGAGCAACAGCAGGAUGAUGAUGAUGAUGAUGUCAAAAGACAUGGCUACUCCUAACCCUUCCUUCAGGGUCUACUACGGCGGCGCACCGGGCUCCGUCCCCUUCACCUGGGAAUCCGCACCUGGAACUCCCAAACACCGCCUCUUCUCCUCCAACGACGACCACUCCUCUCAUCUCCCGCCGCUGACUCCUCCGCCUUCCUUCUACUCCUCCUCCAAUCACUCCCGCCGCCGCCGCCGCUUCCGCUCCUCCUCCGCCGCCGCCAUCAGGCUGCCGAACUUCCUCUUCAGAGCCCUUUUCUCCAAACCCAGCGCCGCCGCCGCCUCGAGGUCCUCUGCCACCACAUCUUCCUCCUAUUCUUCUCAUCAUUAUUCCGACCACAGUUACAAUUCCAAUUCCAAUUGCUCGCUGUCCUACUCCUCCUCCUCCUCCACGUCCUCAUCGUCUUCCUCCUCCAACGCGCACGGGAGUAAGGCGUGGGGGCCGAGCCGGUGCUUCUCCUGCUCUGGGCUGCACCGCCACCGCCGCCACGCAUCGGUAGAUGAAGAAGAAAGUAAAGGAGGAAGCGCUGUUAUGAAGAAGCGAAGGUCGGUGUCUUUGGGAAGAUGGUGUUCCUUUGGGAGGGUGAGAAACGCUGUGUAGUCAUAGUUAAUUACAGUCUCCUCCAGCUGGAAAAUCGCUUCUUAAUUUUUUUUCUCACCCAUCUGUGGAGAAGAAAAUAAUAAGGAAAAUAAUUUACAGCAAGGUUAAAACUAAAACUAAACCCCUCCUGGUUCCGGUUAUCGGAAGGGUCGAAUAUUGUUGUAUGUGGAAUUUCUUAGCUAGUUCCCCCUUUGUCCUUUAAUUUGUAUGGAGCAAUCUUUGUUCAUUUCUUCCUUUUUGUUCUGCAUAUGUAGUGUGCUGAGUAAGUCCAUCUGUUAUAUGAUUGGAAAAGCCUAAAAUUGAAUGUACACUAGUCCUCUGUUUUCAAAGAGAUUUUUAAGCAGAGCAUUUGAACUUUGAUAUGAUCUUUCAUCUUGCAUAUUUAUGGUCUUGGAGGACACAAUUCACGAUUUAAGUGCUAAUGUCUUCUAGGUCACCCCAAGUUAAAAAAAAAAAAAAAAUCGAUUUAAGUGCUUUCAUCAACGAUCGUCAAAAUUCAAAACCCAAUAUAAUAAUUAAUAUACAGUAGUUGCACGUCUAAAAAGGGCGAGCAUGAUCAUGGAGUACGUAGGUCAGGGCUCAAACCUUACCUAGGUCAAUGAAGUCAUGACUCCAGG